AGUGGUGGGUGCCUGGGUGGAGCAGACGUCACCCCCGCCAGGGAGGAGCAACACGUGGUGGGCCGCUGCUGCUCCUCGCUCACACCUCCAUAACACAACUCCCACUCCCUCCACCCACAUAACAACCCAUUGCUUGUAACACACCCGCCCAAUUCUGCGGAAUACAACACUAGGUUGUGUUGUGUUCCACUCUUACGCAUGCACUUGGGGACUUAAGUGAGAGAGGUCCUAUGUAACAUCAUGAUUCCUGUGUUGACUGUAGUGCCAUGGUUUUCAAGGCAAGAAUGGAUUGAUGUUUAUAAAGCAGUAUUUUCUGACGACAUCAGCCGGUGGAAAGAUGCAAAAGACACGAUGAUUGUGUGGCAGGCAAGGGUUAAUAAGUUGCCUGCUGGUAUUGAUGUAACUUUGCCAUUACUUGAAGCCAAGAUAGUAGGUGCCGACCCCACAAUUGAAAACUCUGUCAAAUCUAUAAUGCUUGCAACAGCCGUACAGAGGUUUGUGAGCUCUAUUGUGAAGCUGCCUCAGACAAAGUACUAUCAUCAGCAGACGAUGCAUGAUCUUGCAAGUGAAAUUGAACUACCCAUACAUCUUGUUGAUCUUCGGAAUGAGAUAAUACAUGGCAGUGGGGGCUGGGCAGGUGGCCAAACUGUUCAGAAGGCACUCGAUACUGCGUGUGACUGGAUCAAGAGCUAUUAUUGGGAUGAUGAAUGGAAGAAGAUGCAAAAGUCUCCAGAAGAAUCUUCAGUACCACAGAUACCACAAGAUGAAUGGCAAAAGUUCUUGAAACUUCUUCAGUUUCAUGCUACUCUUGUGAUCCCUGAAUCACGCACUGCAAAGUUCAAGAACAAGUUUCGAAAAAAGGCUUGCCUUGACCUAGUUAAAACGCUAGAAAAAUUAUACCCUCAAGAUCCACAAGAAUGUAUGACGGCUAUUGUGUCACAUUUACUUGUUCCAGAAGCCAUGCCCAAUCUAAUAGAGCGACUUCAGCCUAAUGUAAACCGACCUUGUGGAUGCUUCUUUGAGAGAGAUAUCAUAUCUGGUGUAGAUCAUUUAAUAUCCUCCCUGCAUAUGGUAGAAGGAUCAACUGAACUACUUGUUUCAUGUCUCAUCAAAAAGGGAUAUGAAAAUCCCAAAGUGGCUUCAGAAUGGAUCCGUGUGUUGGCUGGAAGUAUUCUCGGAAUUAGUGUAUUCUAUGAUCAAAGUACAACCUGCAGGAGACACACUUUCAAUCUUGAUACAACUCUCUAUGUAAAAUGGCAACCAAUUCUCUUGGAGUUGCUAGAAGUGGAGGCAGAAUGGGCUACAGAUAUUGCUACUAGAAUCUUGAAUUGUCCUACUGCAGGCUUCACUGAAUCACAGAAAACGAGUAUAAUGGAGUUACUUCAGAUUCUGAAAGGCACAAACAUAGAUGACUCUGAGCAUGCAGAGAAAUCACUGAACAAUGUAAAGGAUGGCGUCUACACCAUUGAUGAUAUUGCCGAGAUUGCUCGGAAGCACUCUGAGAAAACACUGGCUAAGAUGGAAAGAUUUAAAAACUCUGUCGCCUUUCCUGGAGCAGUUGUGAUGGACGUCGAUGCUCCUUUGGGUGUCCUUGCUCAUCAGAGAGAGAAUCCAGUCUUCUACAAAGAACUGCUUCUUCCUAGUCCAGAUACAGGAGGAAGUCCUAUGGCCAAAAGACGCAAAACAUGAACCUUUCGGAUACUGUACAUGAAAUCUAUUAAAUUGAAAGUACCAUAUUUUGAAGGAUAUUGUUCAAGACCAUUGAAGGGCCAUUGUGUUAAUUUUCUUUAGUAUGCAGUUUGCAUAGAAAAAUUAAAGAUGUUUAUGGAAAAUAUGAUUGCUUUGAUCCAACAAAUCAUUCCCUGGGAAAAGGGGAGUGAAGGUACAUAAUUAGCAAGAAAAAUUAAGGAUUAAUAAAGCACGUGUAAGUUGCUUGAGUAUUAAUGGAGAUGCACAUAAAAUUAGAAUUACUUAUUUGGAAACAUCAGUGCUACUGUUUCCAACUUUGUUACACUAACCUCUGGAGUUUUCAUAACUUAAUCAGCAGACAAAACAUUUAUAAAUAUUAAUAUAAAAGUCAUGUAUUUAACCCGCCAUCAGUGAUGGUUUAUUGUGAGGAUUAAAUCAUUAGUUUUCCUGCUAUAUAUAUAUAUAUAUAUAUAUAUAGAGCACUAUAAACUGUAUCAAAAUUUACACAUUAGUAACUUAUCUUGCAUUUAUAUACAAGUCCAAGCAUGUUGUGAUUUUAUCACUUACAUGAUAUCCAAAUCGAUGUGUUUAAUUUUUUUUUGCUUCUGCAGAACUAUUGUGCAUUUAACAUUUACACUGUGGGUGCUGCCUUGCGUCGCAGUGACUGCCCUCUUAUCUUGCUUGUUGAGAUGGCAUAAGUGCCAAGGCCUCUGACGUUACUUUGGUAGGUGGUAUCUCAUGGCUCAAGGGUACAUUCUCUUUAUUCACACUUUUAUGGCAUAUUAAUUACUACUGAUCUCAAUCUCCAUUGCAGCUUGGUUUAUUUUGUUGAUGCAAACAUUAUUUUCCAUCUCAGACAAUCUGCUGCACACUGCACACAUCACUGAAGCUCUCUUAUCCCUUAAAGUGCGGUUAUCAUCCUAUGACGAUCCCAAAACGUAAUAAGGUUAUCAUUUUAUGUUGAGUUUGGUUAAUAUUGUCUGGUUUUAUACAAAUGAUGUAAAUAUGGAUAUAACACAUCUAUGUGGAUGUAACAGACUUAACCUUGACCUGUGGAAAAAAUUCAGCUAUCGUUUUUAUUGCUUACUAUCGAUACAGAUGCUUUGUACCAUAAGCACAGCAAUUGAUAUCACGCUACAUCACGUUCACAAUGCUUCUUCAGACUUCCCCCAAAUACUCUAGCCAGAAAUGUAUAUGCCUUCAUCAGAAUGGGUUUUUUGAUACUUGGCACUUACCGCCUCAUUUUGAGGAAGGCUGGUUGUUUAACAGCCUGGAUGCCAAGUGGUUACUCUUUAUGCCAUCUGGCUACACCUGCAGUUUUUUCUGUUCCAGCUUUUGUUGAUCUUAUGUACAGAGUCCUUCACUGCUCGAGAACCAGAACAAAGCCUACACUUGGGUGUAUGCCAGCAAUCCUUAGCUUUGUGUCGAUAGCCAUAGCACACUCCAUAGGGCUGCUACAAACUCCAAAUGGUUUGGUGCCGCCUUUUGAUAUUUAUUCUAUAGGGUUUGUAUACCACUCCUUGAACCCACUUGGGGAGCAUAUGACCUGGCAAAUCAAUACUAGUCUGGUGGUUCAGGUUUGAUCCAGAGUAAGGUAAACCUAUUAAGAAAAAUAAUCAAUCUUUUUAUAUUCAUAUUCUGUACUUUCUGUAUCUCAUAGAUCGAGCGUAGUGAAUAUUCUUGAUAGUGAUAAGGAUAUUCUUAAAUGUUCUUGUUUCUUGAUGGAUUGUCUUGAAGGGAGAGCUGUACACCACCUUUGUUUCCCUAAAGUAGUUCAUCCAUAAUAUGCCAAACUUUUCUUGAAUUGUACAUGUGGGGAGUUGACAUGUAGGUGUAUCAGGUCAACAGUACCUGGUUUGCAAUGGUGGUUCAGCAUCUUGCUUUGACAAAAUCUUCGAUGCUACAGUUGUGCCAUUAGAAAAAGCCAGAUGUGUAUACUCUUUGAUGCUACUGGAUGGUGUCCAUCAGUUUUGCUGUGUUCCUGCUGUUCAUGUAACAUUUUGUUUAAUAUAUGAACAGAGUUAAAAUUACCUACCAUACUCGGUGCGUGAAAGCAUUGAGUAGACCUCGGCACCGUGUGAAAUUUCAAACUAAGUUGUCUAUAUUCUCUACUUGCUAGCAAACUCUGAUCAAAAUGCUAAAUAUGUACCCAACUCAAAGAUCAAUUAAUCCAUGGGAUAACUGGGUCCAAUCAGUAGAUUUUAUGAAUACAGUACACCAAAUUUAGUGAACAUGCUGCUGCAUUAUUAAAAGACAAUUGGCAGUGGAAUUAUAUACUGUGACUUGCAAAGCACUCCUGGCAAUGAAGAUAUGUAGUAAUAACAUCUAGAAAAUAGUGAUAUUUAUUUAAAUGUAUUUAUUUUGGCUGCUAAAGAAAAUAGAUUGGAGAUUAAAUUGUAUUGGAUUCUGUCACUUGUAGGGAUUUCAAUUAAAUCAAUGUUUUAUUAACAGUAAGAGAGAACCCAUCCUCCUGACAUUAUAGUAUCUUUAGCAACUAUUUUGUAAUGCAUAUAAGAAAAGGCAAAACCAAGCAUAAACAUUCCUGGGCCUAGUAUAGCACAUAUAUGUACCCAAGGUUUGCUAGGCCUAAGAUAGUAUAGUACUAUACUGGCUCUCAAACAUUCAUGUUUUCUACAUGUGAGUCACUUGAUUAAUUUAGAUUCAAAUGUUAUAGUAUACCAUUUUCUAUCUGUUGUGGCAACUCAAGAGGAUGGGGUGGACAAAAAUAUAUACAGUAUAAAAG